UCUCUCUCUCAACUCUCUCUCUCUCUUUCUCUCUCUCUCUGUCCUUCUCUCUCUCUCCCGCUCUUUCUCCCUCUCUCUCUCAAAUCUCUCUCUCUCCCUCUCACUGUCACUCGGCUGCCAUUGGUUAGUGGGAGGAGCUAAUGCAAAUUGAGCAGCAGCGAGCAGCGCGAGGUUCAGCGCCGUGACGUCAGCGCCGGGUCAGCGUGUUGGAGCAUGCCCGUCAGAGCUCGGGGGUCUUCAUGGAUCUAGUGGAGUUCAGUCUGCCCGAGUCCUUCUGCCUCCCCCCGCAGCACGACUUCCUGGACAUGAUGUCAAUCAGCACCCACUGCCCCGCCUACAUCAAGACAGAGCCCUCAAGCCCUGCCUCUCUGACGGACAGCCUGACGCAGCACAGUCCAGGGGGCUCAUCGGACACAGGCAGCAGCUACAGUUCUAUCGCGAAGGGCAGUCUGAGGCCUGGCGGCGCCCCCUGUAGGCUGCUGGAGGAGCCACAAGUGAAGAGCGAGUUUGUGCUGACCACUUCGCCCAAGCGCUUGUGUCUGGUCUGUGGAGACAUUGCGUCCGGCUUCCACUACGGCGUGGCCUCCUGCGAGGCCUGCAAGGCCUUCUUCAAACGCACCAUCCAAGGGAGUAUUGAGUAUACGUGUCCAGCCAGCAGUGAGUGUGAGAUCACUAAGAGGAGGAGGAAGUCCUGCCAGGCCUGCCGCUUCACCAAGUGCAUCUCAGUGGGCAUGCUCCGAGAGGGCGUGCGUCUGGACAGAGUUCGAGGAGGCCGGCAGAAAUAUAAAAGGAGUCUGGAGUCAGAUAACAGCGCUUACCUCAACAUGCAGUUUCCUCUGAACCACAAGAAAGCACGGACAGACCCCUGCAGCAUUAACGUUGAGAAUAAAGUGGUGUCUCACUUGUUGGGGGCGGAACCAGAGAAGGUGUUCGCUAUGCCAGACCCCGCCCUCCCUGAUGAUGACAUCAAAGCUCUGACCACACUGUGUGACCUCGCUGACCGGGAGCUGGUGCUCAACAUUGGCUGGGCCAAACAUCUCCCAGGGUUCUCCAGCCUCUCUCUGCCUGACCAGAUGCGUCUCCUCCAGAGUGCCUGGAUGGAGAUACUGAUCCUGCGUGUGGUCUUCCGCUCGCUGGACGCUGAAGAUAAGCUGGUGUUUGCGGAGGACUACGUCAUGGACGCUGGUCAGGCUAAGCUAGCGGGUCUGCUGGAGCUCCACACGGCCAUCCUGCAACUGGUCAGGAAGUACAGGAGCAUGGGUCUCGAGCGAGAGGAGUUCGUCACCCUCAAAGCCAUAGCGCUCGCCAACUCAGACUCUAUGCACAUAGAGGAUAUGGAGGCGGUUCAGAGGCUCCAGGACUGCGUGCAUGAGGCCCUGCAGGACUAUGAAUGCACCCACCACGCGGAGGACCCUCGACGGGCCGGAAAGUUGAUCAUGACCCUCCCUCUGCUCCGGCAGACCGCCGCCAAGGCCGUCCAACACUUCUGCAGCAUCAAGCAGGACGGACGAGUGCCCAUGCACAAACUCUUCCUGGAGCUUCUAGAGGCCAACGCUUAACUGUCAUAAUGAUCGGACCAUCACUCUGAGGUGAAGCCCCCCACCAGACUUCUUUGAGGGAGGGGGUGACUAAACGCAAAUCACAAAUCCAACACUUAUAAUGAAUGAUGUUGGAGGAAUGAAGGGGAAAAGGAAGAUGUGACGAAUGAUCAAACAUAUGAACGUGAUUUCUUGAAGGAACUACGCUUAAAACUUGAAGACAUUCAUUGUUUGUUCUCGCUGCAGUCACUGCUGCUCUUAUUUAACAUGAACAUCUUUUCAUUUUAUUUUUGGUGCUUUAAAAAGGUGCUGGAGUGAAUAAAAGAGCUGUGCUGAAAGUGAGGACAGGGAAGUCAGUCUUGCCAAAGAAGAGAAAAGCAGCCGCUGUAGAGCAAAUCAUCACUGUUAAAAGAAAACCUUGUGAAAAAACAGCUGCCCCGUACAUUACGGGACCAACAGCAAAGGUCCAAAAUUACUGGGGAAAAAAAUCUUAUUACAGUAACAGAUCCGAAGUAUAGGGAUGCACCGGUAUGGGAAUUCUGGUCCAAUGCUGAUAUAUGAUCGUUUUUGUGUACAUAUCUGUCAAUAGCAAUGCCAAUAUAUACGCAUUUGUGGAACUAAAGCUACCUAAAUCAGCAACUGAAUGUAAUGUAUACUUUAAUAGCUUAAAAAUGCAGUCAUAAUUAGUAAUAUAUAAUUAAUAUUUAAUACCCUAAAAACCAAGGACGCUUCCAAAUUACAAAAGAACCACAAAAUAGCCCAUAACCUGCGGCCCAGUCAAACUCUCAGCCAGCGGCCCGGUCAAACUCAACAGCCAAGGUAUAGAGUAUCUCAGCUAGUGGCCCAGUCAGACUCCACCACCAAGAUAUAGAGCCUCUCAGCCAAGGGGCCCACUGAAACUCCACAGACAUGGUAUUGAGUCUCUCAGCUAAUGGCCCAGUCAAACUCCAUUACCAAGACAUAGAGCCUCUCAGCCAAGUGGUCCAGUCUAACUCCACAGCCGAGGUAUAUAGCCUCUCAGUCAGUGGCCCAAUCAAACUCUGCAGCCAAGGUAUAGAGCCUCUUAGCCAGUGGCCCAGUCAAACUCCAUUGCCAAGAUAUAGAGCCUCUCAGCAAAGAGGCCCAGUCAAACUCAACAGCAGAUGUAUAGACUCUCAGCUAGUAGCAAAGUCAAACUUCACAGUGCAGCCAUAGGACCUGUCAGCCAGCCAAGGUAUACAGCAUCUCACCUAGUGGCCCAGUCAAACUCUGCAGCCAAGGUAUAGAGCCUCUCAGCCAGUGGCCCAGUCAAACUCCCCUGCCAAGUUGCAGUUAUCUUCUGCAAGAGCCAAGUUAUGCUGUUACAGAAGAUAAUAAAUACAUCAAAUAUCAAUUUGAAAUAUCUGUAAAAUCUAAUCAUGCCACCAUUUAUUUAACAAUUAUCUGCCAGUACCAGUAUGAUUCCUAUAUUAAAGUGCAUCCCAAGCUCAGAACAUUUUAUCCGUCUCUGAUGAAGUUACUGUUUUGGAGAUACAAGGUUUUCUUAGGACAGUAUGUCAAUAUUAAAACUAGCAGACCACUAAAAAACCUGGGGUGUCCAGUUUAUUAUUUAGGGUUAUCUACCUGAAAAGUGCAACCUCAUCUUCGGAGGUCAGUUUAAAUACGAGCUCCAGCUUUUAACACCUGAACAACAUCGUAGAGUCGGACACGC